AUGGAAGAUGAAGUUUUAUAUCUUUGCGAUCCUGAACCGGCAGCUUCAGCUUCUUCUACGGAUUCUUGCAGUGAUCUUACGCAGUACUUCGUGACAGAUACAGUUCUAGAAUGGGCACGUGCUAUUGGAAGAACUCAUGGUGUUGUUGUUGUUACAAUCUUAUUUGAUUCUUCUAAUGGAAUGCCAGGGAGGAAGGAUAAAUUGAUUAUGGGUUGUGACCGAGGAGGAAAUUACAAAAAGAAAAAUGAAGUUGCGGCCCCUUCUGAUGGCAAUUCUACUAUGAGGCUUAGAUGCCCAUUUAGGCUGAGAUCUACUCUGAAUGUUAUUGGUUGGAAGGUGGUGGUUAAAUGUGAGAUGCAUAAUCAUAUACUAGAUAAGGAUAUGUUAGGUCAUGACAUUUUGGGGCGUCUAAAAUAUGAUGAAAGAAAGUUUGUGAAUGACAUGACGAAGUACAAUAUGGCACCAAGGUACCGACUACCACUGCUUGAGAUUGUUGGUGUUACAUCAACAAAAUUGACGUUUUUAGUUGCUUUUGCAUAUUUGGAACAAGAAAGGGAGGAGAACUUAACAUGGGCACUAGAGAGGCUCAAGGAGUUAUUCUAUUCUGAGAAGUUUCUACCAGAUGUCAUGGUGACGGACUGGGAACUUGCAUUAAUGAAUGCCAUUGAUUCAAAAGACAAGAACAUGAUGUAUUCAAAUAUAGAAGACGAAUUUGAUGUACAUCUCAACCACUUAGAGAGUGUAUGUGGUGAUAUUCCAUCAUUUGUUAAGUAUGUGAAAGAAACAUGGUUAGCACCAUAUAAGGAAAGAUUUGUUGCUGCAUGGACUAACAGGGUAAAUCAUUUAGAAAACACAACAACAUACAGGGUGGAGUCUGCACGUUGGAGACUGAAGAAUAUGUUGACGACAAGUCGUGGUGAUUUAUGUGCAAGCUGGGAGGCUGUGAACACAAUGUUGAAGUUACAGUUAGGUUCCAUAAGAGUGACGUUUCAAAAAAAAUAUGAGGUGAGUCCCGAUGAGGAGAAGUGGGAUUUAGAAGAGGAGUGCGAAGAGCUCAAGCGAAAAUUCAGUACUAUGAAUAUUGUGGAUCAAAGGGCGUUGAAGAAAAAAGUUUGUGAUAUAUCCUAUCCAUCCACAUCUUCAAUGUGUCCACCGCCGGUGAAAUACAAGCCAAAGAGUGUAGUUAAGAAGAGUAGAAAAGGGGGAGAAAGUGAUGUUCAUCGCAGGGGAGUUAGACUACAAAGAGAUCAUGCACACAACCAAGUGGGAGUCAAUCGUCAACCAUUCUGA